AUGGUGUCCCGACUGGCUUCAAAAACGACAUACCACCGUCGGGAUGCAUGGCGCAGUCAGGCAAAGCUGGUACGGACGAGUCAUUGCAAGUCUGCCAGGAGAACUGGCAGUGCCGAAGACGAUCCAGUCCUUCUGGAUCGACUGGUCCAACAGGAGGUUGACAAGGGCUGGUUGCACAAAGUUGAGUCGCUUGAUGAGGCGAAGCGGCUUUUUCCACAGGUCGCUGUGGGCAAGAUGAACAUCGUCCAUUCUGAAGGCAGGGACCCUCGACUGGUGGUAGAUUCUUCCAUUUGUGGUACGAACGCCGCCUGCUCAAUCCCAGAACGAAGUGCAUUGCCAACCUUACAGUCCAUUCUGUCCGCUUGGCCACUACGGGGCCUGAGGCAGCAAAUUGCUGCAUGGUCACUGGAUGUAAAAGCCGCGCACAAAUCCAUUCGAGUUCGCCGAUCUGAACAAGGCCUGCUUGGAGUGCGUGUGGGCAAUACAUUCUUCUUCUAUUCUGUUUGCCCCUUUGGGGCGGCCUUUUCGGCGUAUUGGUUUGCGCGACUGGGUGCAUUCUUGGUUCGUACUUUGCACCUCCUGAUUUACAUCGCGCAUUUCCAAGCCCUAUACGUGGACGACCUUUUGGGUUUUCAGGUGGCCUCAGUGGCUGAGAUGUCUUUCUGCAAAAGUGCGUGUAAGCUUGUGUACUGGGAUAGACCUGCAACUCUUCGUAAGCUGAGAGCUACUGUCAUCGAGUGGUACAUCGAGCUUCAAGUGGGUAAAGAGAAGACACCCACGUUGAGUCAGUUGAGCUUUGAGAGACGGCAGCUGCAGAAGAGGAAGAGUGUCACUGACCAGCUUGAGCAGAUCGAGUCAGCAGCGAAGAUCAUUGCAUACGGUUGCAAAGUCCUGAGUGCUGAAGAUAGUCUACUUGAGCCCUUCUUGUCUGCUGUGUUUGUGAUCCUACGCGACUCACCCUACCAACCUGUUGGUGAGACCCGGUUCAAUCGUCAAGGUCAGACCGUAGCAGAAGCAGGCGCACCGACCGGAGCAGGUCCAGAUGUUCAGAUGCACCAGAUUGGAGCGAGUGAUGGUGUGCAGCAAGGACAGCCCCAAGUAGUUCUCGCAGAUCCGAGUCAGGUCGCUGCAUUGAUCCAAACGGCCAGCCAGGCAGCGCAUAGUGCAGCACAGGCGGUGCAGCAAAUGUCAUCCGCCACACAGCGUGCCGCGAGUGACAGACAGUUUGCAGGCUACAGUGAUGCAUCAAAGGUGUUGCGUUAUCCUGAAGGUUUUGGGGGAAAUGAUUCACAUGAGAGUGACGUUGCAAAAUGGCAAGAGUUCGCUCAUUCCUUCAAAUCAUGGCUUAUCUAUGCAGAACCUGAAUACGGUGAGGAGCUAGCCACCAUAGAGACCAGUCCGCAUGUGGUGGUGACCAUCGCUGACAUGGUUGAGUCAACCAAGCCCCGUGCCCGACGCCUUUACGCGAUCCUUUCAGGGUUGCUCAAGGGUCGCCCGCUUGUCAUAUUAAGAUCCAUACCUGAGCAGAACGGCUUCGAGCUGUGGAGGCAGCUGCAGUCAGUAUACGGUGGCAAACGUGGUAAGAUGGUAAGCGCGGCAAGUAUGGAGAUGGUAAAAAUGGCAAAAAGGGCAGAGGCAGCAAAGGUGGCAGGGGUCAAUGGGGUGCAGGCAAACGAGGAGGCAAGUCAAUCGUCCUUGAAUGCCCUGAGUCAAGCGUCCUUGAAUCCCAAUGCCAAGAGUGCCGCAGUCCGGAGAGUGUCGUUCUCCGGCACACAAGCCUACACCAUGGAUGACGAUGAUCGAGUGAAUCUCACGAUUUAUGACCUUUCAGAGGGUGAUCUUGAGUCCGGAAUGCAAGAUGAGGUGGCAGCAGGCUACUGGCCCGAUGAUUAUGCAAUUCGCAUGUUGACGUGUCAGCAUCAGCAUGUGCGAGAAGUGCCUGAGGUGUUGCAGUCAGGGAAUGUGGACAUCAUACUGGACUCUGGAGCAGAUGUCUCUGCUCUUCCCUUGUCCUUCGCCAAUGCAGGAGUGUCUGAUCCCCAUGCCCGAUCCGUCCAGUACACUGAUGCACAGGGUCAUCCCCUACGCGUGCAAGACACGAGGAUUGCUGAAGUCACCAUAGGACCACUGAAGUUCUACGAGAGGUUCGUGGUAUCAGGGGUUACCAGUCCUUUGGUUUGCCUAGGUAAGCUUGCAAAAGCUGGAUGGUUCGUGAAGCCUGAGUGUGAAGGCAUUUGCUUGACGGAUGCAAGUACGAGCAUUCCGAUUGGGUACAGGCAUCAGUCGUUUUGUGCACAAGGUUCCAUCCGCUUGCUGAGUCAAAGCGAGGCGAAAGGCUUGAGUUGCAGUGCCACCGGUGGAGCCAUGAAUCGUGUUCGAGGCUCAAUGCAAGGCAUGCCUAGUGGAGAAGGUGUUGCACUAUGUGAUCCCCAGGGAUCAAGCUCCACUCAGUCCCCGUGUUUCAGGUCGCAUUGCAAGAAGGCCUCACAUCAAUGGAUGCAAGGCAAGUGGUUCCUUGAAGAGUACGCAGAAGAUGUGGGAUCGUUAGCUGCUAAUGGAGGUCUGGCUGGGCCAGUUUCCGACCCGCAUACGGUCUUGCCCAACCUUUGUACUCCCAGGGACGACACAUUGAGCCAGUUCCACGUGCCGGGCAACCUCUGCCUGUUCCUAUUGCCAAUUGCAACGUCCAGCAGGAGCGAUUGUGAUUCUGAUGCUGAAGAAGAAUCAGCCAGGCACUUUGCCAGGUUUCGGCAGUUCUCUGUAGAGUCCAACCAACAGCAGCAGAGUACUUCAUCGUUCCUCUUGAAAGCUGUCUCGAAGCGAAAGCCCGCAAAGGCGGCCGAUCCCCACCAUCCCAAGUUCCAGCAGAUUGCAGGUUUCUCCCAGAUGGCCUUGUCACUAUUUUGGGGUGUUCUUGUUUUUAUGGGUGAUUGUAGUGGAUUGUUCAAGCAGAUCCAGUGCUCCGAAUUUGCCAGUCAUCACACCUCGCGGAUUCUUUCCGGGUAUGCCACGAACACGGUGCUCCGUUACCUGGCAGCUUGGUCACACUUUGUGGCGAACCUUGAAGGGCUAGGCGAAAGCUUCAUGUUCCCCCUGCAAGCUAUGAGCUAUGCUGAGGCGCUGAGGUGGUUGAGGCAUUUUCUCCUCAUGCCUUGGGCGUCCUCUCCACCAGAGGUACCGCCCCUCAAUUUCACAGUGCAUAGUCUCAAAGCCACUAUGCUUUCCAUGUCCCUUCAAGUCAAUGUUGAUGAGGUUGAUAGGAAACGUCAAGGGCACCACCGCAUAAGCAGCUCCGCUCUUUAUUCCCGUGACGAUGUUCAUGGCAUGCUUCGGUGCCAAUCUUGCAUUCGUGAUAGCAUCCGCACAGGCUUCCGAUUUUUGGUCCCCCAGCACAGAGGGGGGCAGCAGCCCUUGACGCCAGCGUACGUUCCACCGGAAGCUUUCUCUAAGGACUACGAGUUUGAACCCUUCCAGUGGUUCUCGUUUCAACUUGAUGGCAGUGAUGAUUUGCUUCAAAGCAGUAAUGGGAGUUGGGAGGUCGCAGAAAAUCAAUUAGUCACCCCUGAUCCAGACAUAGAGGCGCUGGACAAAGAUCUCGUGUAUCACUCUGACCCAGGAUCUUCAGAUGAGAGCGAGGAGGAACCUUCGGCACCCCCGGCCGAAGAGCACAACCUAGGUGAACCCGAUGAAUUCUUGCUGGGCUCCUGCACCGCGGUGUUGCAUGUGCUCUGCCCUUCAGAUGCUUUGUCAGGCACACUUGUCAAUGGCACAUAUAUGCGUGCAAAGUGUGGUGCCACUCUUCCGGCCGAUCGGCUCAUGAUCCACACGUCAGUAUCAAGUAUUGUUCUAGCGCUAAACACCAACAUUAGCCCUGCGUUAUCUUUGCUUGACAUGGCUGACUCCGAGUUGGAGAGUGCACUGGCGAAGGAAGGCUUGGCAGCAGAGGUCAUCAAAGUGGCCACGGGGCUGGACAGUCAGAUUUUGUCUCGGUUGCAGAUAGCCCAAAUCAAAGCAGCGUGGGCGGGCAUGCAAGCAUCCAGUUCCUCUAGUGCUCUACCGGCCCCAGUCAACGCAGAUCCUACUUUGGAGACAUGGGUAGAGAGUUUUGCUCCCAAAAUUGCAUCCACGAAGCUGUCCGACAUGAAGCGCCAAUUCCUUGCAAAUUACCCAAGUGAGGUCUUGAAUCCAUCUACUCUACCCUCUUUGAGGCUGAUUUCCCUCGCAGCCCAUCAAGAGGCACGUUCGGAGUAUAAAUGGAUAGCUUGGAAACAUCGCAUGACGGAAGAGAAAGCUUCGGAGUUGUUGAUUGCCCGACCCCACAAACAGCCCAAGCUCGAAAUGCUGGGUCUUUCCAGCUUGCUCCUUGAUGAUCCGCCUACAAUCGAAGUGACCGAUGCCAAUAUGGGGAUCAGUGGUAUCCAGCGGAUCUUGGCAGUGCAUGACGUUGCGUUAGCCAUGGUUGGCUCAGCUCACCUUGCCCGCCUCAAAGCCUAUAGCUGCAAGUUUGUCCAGCUUGUGUCCCAGCGUUUCGACCCAGCAUCAGGACUGCGUGCACCGACAAUCCUAGAAGCGCAACAGGCAGAUUGUCGGAUUUGGCAGAGCAUCCAUUCUUUAGUCAGUGAGAAAGCUUGGAGCUUGAAUGACGCGUUGCAUGAGUUCACUGAAAUCAGAGGUGAGCUUAGCACCUUGCUGCAGGCUCGUCCGAAAGCCUUGUUCAUCCCCCGCGGCCCUGAUCUCAAAGGCAAGGGCAAGCAGGUUGGUCAAUGGAAAGGCCUAGGCAAGGGCCGGGGCAAGGAAAAGGGCGGUAAGCCCAAGGGCGCUCCAGGGAGACACAUCACCUUCGUGAAAGAGAUCCAAGUGGGAUCUGAGAAGAAAGGGCUGUGUGUCCAGUGGCAGAUUGGCCGCUGCACAAGGGGAGGCUCCUGCCCCUUUGUUCAUGCAUGUGCAUACCCCAAGCAGGAUGGAUCAGCGUGCGGGAGCAAGUCGCACACAGCCUCUCAGCAUGAGCAGACGCCUCACUGUGCAAAUCGUGUUGCUGGGUAUGAUAUCCAGCCGGCAGCUCGGCCAGCCGAGCCUGUAAAUGUGAUUCCGAAAUCGGUCUCCUUGUUGGAGACAAACGCUGGGCCUGUGUCGUCGCCAGCACUGCAAUGUCCUCAGGGCAACAUCCCGCAUUGCUUUCAGCCUCUUGGCCUCCACGCGUGCUUCCUGCCAGGUGAGACUUGGAAUGCCUUGUGUGUCAGCAGGAACAUCUUGACGUCCCCGCACAAGGACACAGCAAAUUUGCCGGGGUCAUCAAACUUGACAGUGGGUAUAGGUUCGUACUCGGAUGGAGGUGUUGUGGGGUAUUGUGCGGCAUCCCCUUGCUGCUCGGAAUACUCCCGCCUGAAACUCUUUGGAGGUGCUAUGUCCUGGGAUGAAUCGUGCGUUCAAGGCUGGUUGCACUGUGGGUCCACAGCCCUCAUUGUCCUCCCGGCCUGUGCAUUUGGGGAGAACUGGGCAAAAACUUGGUUGUUUGCAUCGAGCUUUCAAGCCCUGUCCGUGAUGGGCCAGACGUGUCAACACGGACGCAAUGCACAUGAGUCCGUGCAGGGACGUGAGAGUGAUGGCUCGUUCAAAAGUCGUAAGACGGCUAAGUACCCUCAAUGCCUGGCUGAAGAAUUCGCGUUGCACAUCAGGUCGCCACUCUUGUGGGGAUUGGAGUACCCCAUUGUGCCAGGUGUGGCGACAGAUGCAAAUACAUGGAAGGAUGUAUCACUUUCCAUCCACAUGCAGAAUUGGCGCUCGGCCUCAGUUGAUUUGUCCGUGACUCAAGCCUUGCUUCAGGAGGAACUUGAUCAGGGCUUCUGUUUCAAGUUUGAUGGCGACAUUGAGGAGUCCGAGCAGGGUCUCCUAGGUUUCGCUUUUGCAGAUUCUUUGUACUUCUAUCGCGUGGCCCCAUUCGGGGCGGUCUUUGCGCAGCAUUGGCUCUUCCUCAUGGACUGUGUUUCUGACGCGCUGGACUACAUGUUCGGACAACGUCAGCGCCGCCUGGCACACAACGUGUGGGUCGAACUGCUCGGGGACCAUCUGCGGAACGUAUGGAAAACGGGCGCUGCGCUGGCUGGAUAUGUGGCCGCAUCCUUGCGGGAGGCAGUGGCAGGCAAAAGGCUGGCCAACUUGCGUUGGCUUACUGCCUUCUAUGGGCCGGCGCUGCAAUGGCGACGCCGAGGUCGAACGCAGGCCCUCGCGGAUGAUGCCUACAUGUUUUCCGCCUGUAGGAGGACGGCCCCGCAACACUGUCAUGCGAAGCCAGGUGAAAAAGCUACCGUUACCCUUUUGAGCAGUGUGCGAAGUGUACUGGGCCAUAUGGAUGCGAUUGCCUGCGCCAGCAGCGUAGUGGAGGUCAUUGAAGGGAUGAGGCCGUCGCUCGCGUACAGCCUUGCAUAUGCAGCGCAACUGACACGGGCCCAGCGUCGGCCACUGGCUGCCAAACCGCUCGCAGCAGCUCCGCGGGCCAUGGAGGCCCUGCCCGUAACUGCGUUGGCCGCUGGAGUGAAGCUUUGUGACCAUGCGCUUAACGUGUUUCCGGACGAUCUGUCCGCGUCUUUCAGGCCCAUGUCUUCCCCAGCACAAACACAGCCGCGGCCUCAUAUCUGCUCACUUGCUCUAGGGGGCUUAGCCUUGCUGGCGCAGAUCCAUCCCACAGCUGCUGUCCAUGCGCCUCAGACCACGUCAGCUGUACCUUUCCCAGGCUGGAUACAGAAGCGGGCGUUCAAGCGUGCCCUUCGUCGCGCUGCCCUCAAGGGUAUUACCGAGUACAUAGGUAUCUUGCACACUACCCAGACCCUCCUCGGUCGUCCUUGCUCUGCCUUGAGCCCUGAGCGGCGUGCCGAUCACGGCCCACAGCAACCCAAGUCAGGAAACAGUCGCCGCCUGCGCUUGAUGACGUGGAAUGCCGGCGGCUGCCAGACCCAAGUCUUUGAUGAACUCAAACUGUGGUUGUCAGAGCAGCCACAGCACCUUAAGCCAGACGUCGUUAGUGUCCAAGAGACGCAUUGGCCGGCGGGUGGUGAAACCGAGUUUUCCAUCAGUGGCUACCGUGCUGUUUCUGAGCCGGCCUCAGACCGCAACUCAGGCCUCCUCCUUCUGGUCAACAGUCAUCUGUGCAAGGAUGCCGAAAUCCAAUAUCGCACUCUGGUGCCGGGUCGUCUCCACCAUGCGCGCGUCCCUGUCAGAAACUCGGUCAUAGACAUCUUGCACGGAUACCAAACUGUGUGGCGACCUCAGAAUGUCCAAGAAACUCUGAAACAACGCCGCCUCUUCUGGGAUGAACUUCGGCGUGCUGUUGCGGCGGUGCCUCAGCGCAAUAUGUUGGUUCUCAUGGGUGAUUUCAAUACCACCCUUGAGCCUAAUACAGCUUGUACCGGCACAGCCGUGCCCACCACGAAGAAACGUUCAGAGACUGACAGUACCCUCUUUAUGCGGAUCCUGCAAGAGUUCUCAUUGUGCGCGCUAAAUACCUACUCAGGCUCGCCGUACACGUUCAAAGCACCAAAUGCUGCCUCGCAGAUAGACUACAUCAUCACCCGUAGUUCUAACGCAGCUGGCCCAGCCAAACAUGCCUCGCCCCUCCGGGCCUUCAAGGUCGCCUCCUGGAGAGGUGGUGGACGUCACUUGCCGGUUCUAGCCUCGAUUUUCUACCUUCCUGCCUUCUCACGUGCUCCAGCUCACAGCCUGCCCCCGCCCAAAUGUGAUGAGCACGACAUGCGCGCAGCCAUCAAGCAGAAACAACCCAUCAUGCAGGAAUACAGAGCUUACAUCGCGCAGAGUAUCCAGCAGUCUCCGGGCACAGAUAGAAAGCAGCUUGAUACUCUGAUAUACCAAGCCAGCCUCAAGUUCUUUCCUCCCCCGGUUCGCGUCAGACCCCGUCCUACUGAGUCCCACCCGGACGUCAAAGCUGCCAUACACACUGUUUGGCAGGCGAGACAAGCGCUCCGAGCACGCACCAUUCGGCGCGGGCAUGCUGUCCUUAAGGAAUGGCUCAACGCGGCCAAACUACAGCGACUUGUUCGGGCCUCCCGCAAGGCUAGUCGUCAAGCUCGCAAGCAACGCUACGAGCACUAUAUCCAGCAGGCGCAGACCCAGCACAAGGGUGACCAUCAUGGGCUCUUUCGCGUUGUCAAGCAACUAGCGCGCAAGCAACCGCGCCAGCGCAUUCAGUUGCGCAACACAGAGGGGCAUCUCAUAAGCCCAAAGGCCCAACUCGCACAACUUCAAGCCUACAGCCAAGCCACUUUUGCUCAGGCUGACGCUCGGCCUGACCUCUCCACUCUUUGUGAGGCCUUUCACUGCACCAAGGCCUUUGAUUUAGCCGACCGAAGUAUGCUCGGCAUGGCGCUCCGAGAUGCAGGGAUCUCAGAGGACAUCGUAAGUGUCAUAUUAGCCCUCCAUGCUUCUUGCGAGUACAACCUCACUCAAGGCUCGGAGCAGGCUAGCACCCGCACUACGAACGGGAUAAGGUAUCUGGGCAUGGAAGUGACGUAUGGUAAUUUCGGCUCUCUCACCCUGCGCCAUAACAUUGCGCAGGCCAAAGCGCGAUACUCACAGAUGCGGAAGCUGCUUGCUGGGAAACAUUGCCUUACCCAGGCGUCACAGGUUCAGCUUUGGCGAGCAUGCCUGCAGCCCGUUUUUCUCACUGGCUUGCACCUCUGCUGUUUGACCCCGACUGAAGUACAAGAGCUUAGAGUGGCCAUGGUAAGACAGGUCCGAGCCAUCACCAGGUGUCCCGUGCACCUCACUGGCGUCUCCACGGAGGCGCUGCUGCAGAAGCAUGACCUAAAGGUAUGCGCAUACACCGUGCCAAAAAGCACCCAGACGCCGUGCCAGGCCGCGCUGCUCUUGAUGCGCACUCCUGCGCUGUUGCAGGACCAAGAUGUCAGAGCCCUGCUAUCAUCAUCUUCCUUCGCAGAUGCCUGGACCAUCAUCUGCACAGUACGCUCCUUCCGCAGGAGUGGCAGGAUCAUCACUGUGCAGCUGUGCGGCUGGGCGCUCGAUGUCUAG